AUAGAAGGAGGUUCAUCCUCAAAGUUGGCACAAAGUAGAAGGAAUAUUUUUAUUCUUUCUUCUCUGUUUGAAGGAGGAGGUUGGUACACCUGAGUUGGCUUGACAAAACCUACUACGCAUAGCUCCUUACAUUUUUCGAUUAAUUAAUAACUAAUUAUUUGUAAAGUUGAUAAAUUCUUGUUUUUCUUGCUCGAAAUUAGUUUCUUGUUCGUUAAAUCAAUAAAUUCCAGGUCUGAGCAGUAAAGCUUUUCUAUCUGACCAAGUUUUCAGAAGUAACCUCCAUUACCAGUAAUUGCCAACGCCAACCUUAGUGUUAUAACAAGAAAAGCGUACCAAAAAUUGCUUUAAGGUGCAAAUUACUAGUAAUUUCAAGAAGAAAGUGUUUGUGAGUAACAGAUCUUCUAGAGAAUUUAAUCUAAAUAAGAAGGCUGAGCGAUGCAACCACAAGAUUGCUUAUCUGGAUCUCUACGUAACUCUACAUGCUGGACAAGCCAACACUACAAGCCCAAUAUAAUUAUUUAUUCUGAAUAAGCUUAUUGUAUGAAUUAUUGGUAUACAGCAAGCUUAAGUCUUACCAGAAAUUCGAGCUAUACGCACUCGAUACUACUAAAUAGCAAAUGACAUAACCUAUUUCGACUUCAAAUCAGUACAAACUCUACUUGUUCAAAUUUCCUAUUCUUUGCAAACCCAGUUCACAAAGCGGUCUACUACUUCUGCAAAGUAACAGUCUAUGUCGCCAUAGAUUUUAUUCUUCACAAACUUUUAUAUUAGUGUACUAAGAUACGAUCUCUUUGAUGGUAAAUAACUUGACUUGGCGACACACCUGGUAAAUAUAAUACCUUGCGUAAACCUAUUGCAGAAUACUCCAUCUAUAAACGAAUUGCAAUUAAUUGCAUGAAAAAUUAUUCUCGACUGUGUAAGGCUGUGAUAUAUAUGUAUAGGAUAAACUAUUUCGAUCAUUAUUAAAAUUUCUCAUAAAAUAACUGUGAUAUUAGCUGUGAUAUUACCAAAACUUGUGUAUUAUAUAUGUAUCUCUGCUUUACUCAAAUAACUGUUGUGGUGCAGACUUUAGUCCUAUCUUAAAAUUCACUCGGAGCAGUCAAAUACUUUGGAGAAAUAAUCCAGUUAAUUAUGGCUAAUAAGCAUAACCACAGUGACAAAACUCAACAGGGUAAAAAUUUGCAAGAAUAUAUGUGCCAAACCUGCCAACACUUAGUCCACGAUAAUGACAAGGCUGUCGCCUGUGACUGUGACAUAAGCAAAUGGUAUCACAUAGAAUGCAUUAAUAUCACCGACCAACAAUAUGAUUUGAUGAAGGAGGGGACAACCACUGAUCCGGUGUGGCUGUGUGACAACUGUAAACAAUGGAUUAACAAUGAAGCAAUUGAUAUUUCAAUGAUGCUGAAUACCACUGUAGACUCCAACAAGGCAGUCAGCAACCGGUUCUGCAGGGGUAACAAUGCAAAGGCAAAGAGACAGGACAAUCACUAUGAGGUUAUAAUCGAAAUGCUGCGAAAUGAUAUGGAUGACUUGAAAGAGGAAAUCAAACUGCUGAAGAAGGACAGAGAAAGACUCUCUGAUACCCUAGCUAGGAAAACUGACACCAUAUACAGACUGGAAGAUAUAAUUCUGGAAUUUACUCAGGGCAUACACCCUGAAUCAAACUGUCCUGUCAGGAGGAAGACCGAGGAUAUCACUAAGAGACUGGUGGAUGAGCUGGAGCCAAGCAUGAUGCACACCAAUCACAGGGGGCCUCCGGGAGGUGACCGGCCCAUCCAAUCUACAGGUGCAGCUCAGGGGAGGACCGAGGAGAGUGCUGGAGAGCUGGUGAAUGGGAUACACCAAAACAUGACGCAGACCGGCCACAGUGGUCCACUGGUAAAUGACAAGCAUAUACAAUCUUCUAAUACAUCACAAACGGAUGCAGAAACUGAAAGUGAUCACCCCCUCAUUAUAGGAGACUCACUUCUCAGAGGAGUGGACGAAAUACUGCGCAGUCAAGGAGUGAGCAAUGCAGCUGUUGAAGUUAUUCCAGGGGGAAAAAUCCAGGACAUGAGCAGGUUCCUAAAAAACCGAACCCACUUACCUAGCAAAGUAGUGAUCAACAUAGGAACAAAUAACUUAGCCAAAGCAAAGACACCUAAUCAUGUAAUGAGGCCUCUCUGGAUGACAAUUGAGGCAAAUCAAAAAAGAUUUCCCAGGACAAACUGGUAUAUCUGCUCGAUUCCGCUCAGGGAGGACUGUAAGAGACUAAGUAUUUUUGGAAGAGACUAACAAAUCAUACAAGUUUUUGAGCGAACAGCUGAAAAUAUCAUACUUGGACAACACCCAAAAACUUCACAGGCAGCACCUGGAUUGGGAUGGCACACACCUCAACAAUGACGGUAAAAACAUCCUGGUAGCUGCUAUAUGCAACGCCCUGCAGCUGGGGAAGAACGAAGGCAGAGAUGCUGAUGAUCCCGAAAUUGAGAGCGCGAAUAUUGUCACGAGAGUCCACAUUAACCCGGAAGAGACUAAAAGGCCUUUGAGGAAGGAAGAACAAGCUACAGACAUUACCACGGGAGUCCAUUCUGCGGAGUAGCAACAACAGAAAGUCAUCCAAAAAUAUCCCAGACAGAAUUCAAAUAGCUUUGCCGAAACACACAACAAUACAGUACAACCAAAUGAAAAUACAGACCACAUGAGAUCCAGAA